UAUUCAUCGUUAUUUUGAAUAUUAAGAACAGCUUUUUUAUUAAUAAUAAAUUUUGGCAUCGAUACAUAAGUUGAAAGACCGAUAUUUAUCGGUGUAUAAUUAUUAAUGUUAACUUUUAAUUGUAGAAUCCGGUGAAGAGCCCAACCAGAAUCCCUCUCUUGAAAAUCCUCUAAUUUUGUUAAUAUAUUAUUUUUAAUAUAAUUACUAUAAAAUUCUUUCAAAUCGGUAUUAUGAUCGAUGACGCGAUUUUUGGUGGAAAAAUGUUUUACAUCGGUUUCGCCUGUUUGUGGUUUUACAAAAUCUGCAAGAAAUAUUACGUUAACUUUAAUUAGGGACUCCCGAAGGGCUUUUUUUAUUUGACAAGAGAAUGAUCUAAACGCCUUGCUAAAAAAUAUUAUAGGAUCUUUAAUAUCUAAAUUAACUAUUGCUCCCGUUUUAAUACGAUUUUUAAAGCAAGACUCGUUAUCAACCCAAAUUAAUUUUGCAUUAUUUUUUUUAACUGUUUUAUGAUGUUUGAAUUGUUCUUUAAAAUUUUUUAAAAGACUUAAAUUUGAUUCUAUUUUUGCCACCGCUUUUCUGUCUGUCGACGAUGACGAUACACUUUUUAAAUAUUUUUUCAAAAUUAAAUUGUUUCUGUUCAGAAAUUUUAUCCACUUGCAAUAUUCAUGUUUUGUUUUAAUUAACUCACCAACUUCUUUAAUUUUCAGCAGCGUUUUUUCACUCAACUCACUGAUUUCAGACAUUUUUACUUAUACGCAGCAGACUUUUUUGUCUAUUCUAAUAGACGCGUAUGUGAUAAAUAAUAUCACUUUGUAGAAUUUUACCGCUUUUAUCGGAUAGCGGGGUUAGGGUCAAAACUAUUAUGUUUUGCGCAAUUGAUAAAUAUAACGUAAUCGCUUUUAAUAUUAUGAAUGCACUGUGUUAUUAUCGUGCUGACGAAGUGGAAAUUUUAGGAUAGAUAAUAAUUAAAAAAAAUAAAUGCAUAUAAAUAUAUCGAACUCUACGACAAGGAAUCAUUGUACACAACGACUAUGGACACUCCGUCAACAUUAAUUUUUGAGUCAACGGAUCCCGCCAGACUUUCCAACAAGAUGCUGGCGGUAUUUUUAAAAAAUUUAUUCAGGUAUGGGAGGAAAGAAGUGAAGAUUGUGAACAAGAGAGUUCACUUGUAUUUGAAAUAUUCACCGAAGAAUGAAACGGUUCAGGGAAAAUUAAAAAAUCUUCCCGUCCGAUACCUGAGAGUGGCGGCCGAUGACGAGGAAGAAUUACAAUUGUUAUUGAAGGGGAUGCGUGAAUUCUCGGACGUCAAUUUUUAUGCGGCUGCCAUAGAGGAGGACGAACCGGUACCGGCUAAAAAAUUCAAGCCGGCUUCGGAAGAAGAGAAAAUAAAAAUUCUGGAAAACAGAAUUUUAAAAUCAGCCACCACUACGACGAUGACGACGACUACCACCACUCCCAGUACCAGCAAAGUUGAAGAUUUUUGCUUCGUUUUAGACGACGACGCGGAAGAGUUUGAAAGUCAAAAAUUUAGUGUAGUUAGUAAAUAAAAAUAUUAAAAAAUAUUCGAGUUAUAACUUGUUUAAUUUUUUCCA